AUGUUGGAACACGCACUACGACUAUGUGGGAAGGUUAUCGAGAAGAAGGACCAGCUGAUGGGGACAUUCACGAGUGGGUUUGUAUGGUAUUUGUGGGUAGGAUUGGGGUUGAAAUCUUGAUCCGUGUGAGGGAUUUGGUACCCGUCAAGCCAAAAUUUGCGCUUAAUACUAAGAAUCAUUUGCUCGCAGUUGCCGGGUCUGCGGGGAAUCGGUCUGUGGGAUCGUUUGAUCAUGUUGUGGUGAAAGUUAUGGACGAUGUCGAGGAGCGCAUUGGAGAGAGGAAUAUCAAGAUGAUGCUGGUGAGUGUUAACGGUCCGGAGCUUGAGCGAAUGAAGAGAUUAUAUUGA